AUCCAACCCACAACGCUCACAAUAUGUACAGUAUCGGCUAAUUGCUCGUUUUUGUCUUCGUCCUUCAAUCUUUCAACGGUUCUUUGUAAAUGUGGUGUGUCGAGUUUCGUUAAAGCACAGCUGAAGCUGAAGAAGAAGACUAGAAGAGAAUGUCGGCGUUUCUGAACGAUCAGCUAUCGAAGCGCACCUCGAUAUUCGGGUUGCGGUUAUGGGUCGUUCUGGGUAUCUGUGUCGGAGCUGCAAUUGUGCUCGUUCUCUUCCUCGUCUCCCUCUGGUUCACCUCCCGCCGCAACAGCAGUAAGAAGUCUACCACCACUCUUCUUGCUCACAAGAACUCCAAAAUCCCCAACGCCUCCAAGGAGAUUCAGGAAAUCCGGAUUGACCCCUCCAGAACACAUCCAGAAAAGCCCAUGCUUUUGCCAGCUCCUGUACCCGACCCGGUCCCGGAGCCUGACCUUUUCGAGGACGAGAGCCACAGCUCCGGUGGGCAGCAGAGAAUUAACAUCGAAAUAGGGAAGGGCCACAGAAUUUCGUAUCCGGAGCAGCGUGUUGGUCCCGGCAGCGGGAGUGGAGAGUCGCGGUCGGGUGAUCAGGCGCCCGCCAUUACUGUGCCGGAGGUUUCGCACUUGGGGUGGGGCCAUUGGUAUACUCUGAGGGAGCUCGAAAUAGCGACGAAUGGGUUUGCUGAUGAGAAUGUGAUUGGUGAAGGUGGUUAUGGCAUUGUUUACUGUGGUGUUCUCGAGGACAACACUAAAGUUGCUGUAAAGAAUCUGCUCAAUAACAGGGGACAAGCUGAGAGGGAGUUUAAGGUUGAAGUUGAAGCAAUUGGGCGUGUCCGGCACAAGAAUCUGGUGAGGUUGCUUGGUUACUGCGCCGAGGGAGCACAUAGGAUGCUUGUAUAUGAGUAUGUCAACAAUGGAAACUUGGAACAGUGGCUCCAUGGAGAUGUAGGACCCUGCAGCCCUCUUACAUGGGAAAUUCGAAUGAAUAUCAUUCUUGGAUGUGCAAAAGGGUUAACCUAUCUGCAUGAAGGUCUUGAACCCAAGGUUGUUCAUCGUGACAUCAAAUCAAGCAACAUUUUGCUUGAUAAACAGUGGAAUUCCAAAGUAUCUGACUUUGGCUUGGCCAAGCUCUUGGGUUCCGAGAAGAGUUACAUUACCACUCGAGUUAUGGGAACAUUUGGCUAUGUUGCUCCAGAAUAUGCCAGUACUGGCAUGUUAAAUGAAAGAAGUGAUGUCUAUAGUUUUGGAAUUCUUCUGAUGGAGAUAAUUACUGGAAGGAAUCCAGUGGAUUAUAGCCGCCCAGCUGGAGAGGUGAACCUAGUUGAUUGGCUAAAAACCAUGGUUUCAAACCGCAAUUCCGACGGAGUUUUAGAUCCCAAGUUAACUGAAAAACCUUCUUCAAGAGCAUUGAAACGUGCCCUCUUGGUGGCUUUACGCUGUGUAGACCCAAAUGCACAAAAGAGGCCAAAGAUGGGCCAUGUAAUACACAUGCUUGAAGCUGAUGAUUUCCCCUUUCGAGAUGACCAAAGAGCUGGAAGGGACAAUGCACGUUCACAUAAUGACGGAGUGAAGGAGAGGGUCAUGCAGAAGCGGAUGAUUGAAUCAGGUGAUAGUAGUGGUUACGAAAGUAGUGUCCAAACCAACAACACAUCCUUAUUGAGAAGACAAGAAACCGAUGAUGAGCAGUAGCCUCAGCAUUCGUCUUAUAAAGGUUGAACUGAAAUGAUGUUCUUUGUUUCUGUAAAUACCAUUCGCCUUCACCUUUGCACUCUAGUUAUACCUUUUGCUUGUGUAGGUUCCUGUAGUAACAUUUGACGCUAGGAGUUUACUUGUGAUCAAUUUUGCUGCUUCCCCAUACCCCCAAAAACUCCAUGUAGUUAUUUCUCUGAACAGCGCUCUAGAACAGAGCUAUUGUUUAUAGUGAUAUGGCUACCUAGCUGCCAAGAAGGGUUCACCAUGCUUUAAUACAGCCAGAUAGAGUUCAAUGCCA